AUGUUCAGUGGGUACAGUCCACGCCGCCUUGGACGUGAAUUCACACUGGCCGAAUGUUAUUCACAGCAAGGGAUAAUGUCACGAGGAGAGCCCUCUAUUCAAUCGUACUCAUGCUGUCCAUUGCCGGAUUUUCACCUGGAGAGUGCAAGUUUUGGCUCGCGAUCACCUUUCUUUCCUCAACAAAACACUCCUGCUGAAUAUUUUGCUGCCUAUCGUCAAGCACCCAUUCAUUUCCAAUUUCCUCAAAAGCCAUCCUCAACGUUGAUUCGAUGCGAGUGGAUGAAUGAAGUGAAGCUUCGCCCUUCAUCGAAAAUAAGGAAUGUGCUCUAUACAGUUUUCUUUCAGACUGGUAAAGAUUGUGGGAUGAUGUUUGCUACUUCAUCCCAAGUUGCCGCUCAUGUUUCUCAACAUCACAUCGGUUUUAUUGAAACGUCAGCUCACGUCUGUUUAUGGAGGAAUUGUGAUCGAGUUGGAAAGCCUUUCAAGGCUAAGUACAAGUUGGUCAAUCAUAUUCGUGUUCAUACUGGAGAAAAGCCAUUUCGUUGUGAACAGUGCAAUCGAGAAUUCGCUAGAAGUGAGAAUCUCAAAAUCCAUGUAAGGACUCAUACAAAAGAGAAGCCUUUUCCGUGUCCACAUGCCGGUUGUGACAAAACGUUCGCUAAUUCCUCGGACCGAAAAAAGCACAUGCACGUGCAUACAUCGGAAAAACCUUACGAAUGCAAGAUGAAAGGGUGUAAGAAAGUCUACAGCCAUCCCAGUUCAUUGAGGAAGCAUAUAAAGGUACACGAAAAAAACUGUCUGACACCAGAGUUGGACGAAAGUAGCGACUCAGGUCAUGCUAGUAUUGAAACGCCGGUUGAUCCAUUUAUGAGCAUGAAACCUGAUGUAAGUGAGAUGCCGCUACAGUUUUCGUCAAACACGCCGCUGAUUCGUCAGCCAGUCGCCUACGGUCCACCCCCUGCCUACGCCCAUCAUCAUCCGGCAACUAUGUUUCCAACCGAACUUUAUCAUCAAUUUCAAUAA